AUGCCCUUUCGUGAUCAAUGGCGUGAUGUGAAAACUUUACACGAUGAUGGAAUUCCAAUUGAUACAGCUAGUAAUGAAACAGCAAAAUUAUUUGAUGCAACUCUUACACAAUAUACUGGUUGGUAUAAUGAUAACCAAUUAGGUGGUAUUGAAACUUGUUUAUCCCGUCUUCUAUCAUCUGAUCCAACAUGUAUUGCAAGUCGGAUUCUUGCUACCGGUCUCGAUAUAUUGGGCACAGCAUCUCCUGCAUCAUCACUUCAUUCGAAAACCGUCACAUCACUCGGCAAUACUACAUCAUCUAGUGAAUAUAUUAAUCUUCAUACUCAAGCUCUUAUUGAAUGGUCACUUGCUAAAUUUUCAAAAGCAGCUGAUACAUGGGAACAAAUUCUUGUUCUUUAUCCAUUCGAUAUGAUGGCAAUUAAGUUUGCAUCAGAUAAUUAUUUUUAUAUUGGUGAUCGAGAGAUGAUCCGUGAUUCCAUUGCAAGAGUUUUACCAAUAUGGGAAACAUCAUCAAAUCGUCCAUUAAAACCUUAUCUAUAUGGAAUGUAUGCAUUUGGUUUAGGUGAAACAAAUAUGAUUGAAAGAGCUGAAAAAGAAGCUCGAUUUGCAUUAGAAAUGAAUCCACAUGAUGCUUGGGCAACACAUGCAUUAGCACAUGCUGUUGAAUACGCUGGAGAAACCUCGAAAGGAAUUGAUAUUUUAAAGAAAACUUAUCAAGAUUGGACAACAUGUGAUCUUAUCAAACCACAUAUUGAUUGGCAUUGGGCUUUAUACGAAAUUGAACAAGGCAACAGAGAAAUAGCUGAAGAUAUCUUAGUAAAUCAUUUAUUAAAUAAAGCCGGUGAUUUAAGUAUGUUAGAUUUUGUCGAUAUUGCAGCACUUAUCUAUCGUCUUAAACUUGCCGGACAGAAUUCUUCAACUAUUUAUUCAUCAGAUCGAUUAAAAAAGUUUAUCAAUGACCAUUUGCAUGAUCAUUUAUUACUAUUUAAUGAUCUUCAUAUUUAUUUUAUAUUCGAUGAUUAUGCAGAUUUAGAAAAUCGAAAUGAUUUUAUUCGUAUAUUAAGAGACUCCUAUGAUACAUCCGAUUUUGAUAGUGGUCCUGUCUUUCGUCAAGUAGGAAACUAUCUAUUUCAAGCUAUUGAUCAAUUUAGAGAGAAAAAGUAUUCAGAAGUUUUUGAACUUCUUUAUCCGAUACGAAAUAAAAUUUAUCAAAUUGGUGGGUCCAAUGCACAACGUGAUCUUUUUUAUUUAUUAUUAAUUCAUUCGGGUGUUUAUUCUCAUAAUAAUCAACAUCAACAGUUAGCUCAACGGUUAAUUCAUGAACGAUGCUUGAUGCGCAAUAAAACAAAAUCAAAAAUGAUGGAAAAUUAUGCAAAUACAAUACUAAAUGAUUAA